AUGCUGUCUUUUCUCCCUCUUCUCCUUUUCAAUGCUUUGAUAGCUUGCACCGCCGCCCGCUCUGACUACCACGAGCGCCUUCUCCUGCGUCCCCUUCCGCAGUCCGCUCUCCUCGCAUCCUUCACCUUUCGGAGCAACGAGUCCUCGGGCGCUUUCGAGGAGCAAAACUUUAGAUACUUUCCAAGGUCAUUGGGACAGAUUCUACAGCAUGCUCACACGAAGGAGCUGCACCUGAGAUUCAGUCUCGGCCGCUGGGACGCCAGCAACUGGGGACAGAUGCCCUGGAAUGGAGCGCGCGAAGGAGGCACUGGCGUAGAGCUCUGGGCCUGGGUAGAAGCGGGUACAGAGGAGGAAGCUUUCUCGCGAUGGUUGGCCCUCACCAAUGCACUGUCCGGCCUCUUCUGCGCUUCCCUUAACUUUAUCGAUGCUACGAAGACCAUUCGGCCGGUCAUGUCCUUCCAGCCCGAGGGCGACCACCACAAUAUGUCCCGACUACAUCUUCUGCACGGCACGCUGCCGCACGAGGUGGUCUGUACCGAGAACUUGACACCAUUCUUGAAGUUGCUUCCAUGCAAGGGGAAAGCAGGAAUUUCUAGCCUGCUGAGCGGACACAAAUUGUUCGACGCCUCGUGGCAGACCAUGUCUAUAGACGUGCGACCAGUAUGUCAGAAGGAAGGUGAUUGCGCUGUUGAGAUUGAACAAGGUGUGGAUAUGGUGCUCGACCUUGAGCGAGCCAAACGUCCCCUGGACAACCCAAUUCCCCGGCCUUUACCCAUUGAAGAGAUUUCCUGUGACGGCUCCAAGCCGUAUAAUGCUCCUGAUACUUGCUAUCCGCUUACCCGGACGGCGGAUUCCUCCUGGAGUUUGAACGAAGUUUUUGGGACAUCGUUGCAUGGUGCGUGCCCAUUGACAGAUGACAGGGACGGGAAUUCUCACACUGUCUGCAUCAAUGUGCAGCCAGAGCGCGAGAUUCAAGUCAAAACUGCUGGGGAGUACGACGAAUCUCGUUCUGCAUCUGAAACUCUGCGGUGUUACAAGCUCCCCGUCGGCGAAGCUUUUGAUCUGGUCCUGCCGGAGCAACAAAUGACGACUGGCCUUGUGCUCCCUACACCGCCCCUAUAUGCUGCACGUUCAAUAAAUGGUCAUGGCCAAGAGCGUGGCAGCGUCCAGGCUGUAAUCCGGAACCCAUCUACUACGGACGCGGUUGAGUUUAUUUACCUAGAGUCUCUGCCGUGGUUCAUGAAGCCAUAUUUGCAUACACUCCGCGCAGUUAUAGACAAGUCCGAAGGAAACCCAGUCAAAGAAACAUACUAUCGACCAGCUGUCGACCGCCGCCGUGGGUCACAUUUGGAGCUUCGAGUUGUUAUCCCGGCUGACUCAAGUCUAUCCCUUACUUAUGACUUCGACAAGGCUAUUCUGAGAUAUACUGAAUAUCCCCCGGAUGCAAAUCGCGGCUUCGACGCGGCGCCCGCCGUCAUUCGCCUUCUAUCCCCGCGACCACCCGACAGAAAGGGUGUUUAUACUAGAACAACAAGCUUACUUCUACAGUUACCCACCCCGGAUUUCAGUAUGCCAUACAAUGUCAUCAUCCUGACUAGCACGGUGAUGGCACUUGCUUUUGGAAAUAUAUUCAACCUCCUUGUCAGACGCUUUGUCGGCGCGGAUGAGGUACCGAGUCGCCGAGGUCUGAGGACGAUACUGCAAGGGAAGCUGGAGAGAUUCAAGUCCCUCGUCAAAGGUCCUUGA